AUGUGUACUAUGAGAUACCUUUCCCUAAGAAGAUGCACUUUAGUGAAAAACGUUCUGAGUUAUAUCCUUACAGUUUCCUCUUCAGAUUUCCAGGUAACCUGCAUAUUUUCACAAGACUGUGUUCUUCCCUGCCACUUUGAACCAGUUGGAGAUGAGAUUAUAUACUGGUACAGACAGAACGUUCUGAUUUACACUUAUAGACAGGGGAGUGGUCUGCUGGAUCAAUCGACCCAUCUUUACACUGGGAGAAUAUCACUGUUCAAUGGUACCAUUAACUUUGGUAACGCUUCCCUACAUAUUCAGAAGUGUGGCCAACAAGAUAAAGGAAAGUACAAGUGCCUUGUCGCUAGUGGUCAAAAGAAGAAUGAGCACUUCAUCAUAGUUAAAGUAGAAGCCCCUAUCAAGUCAGUGAACAUGGAGACAACACGCCUCAGUGGCUAUGAAGAAGUCAAAUGCUCUGCAAGAAACGUCUAUCCCGCCCCCCGUAUAACUCUGUAUACCGAGCCGCCCGUUCUGCCAGACGGCCUCCCGCCUAACACCCGCAAAAAGGCUGACAGGGACGGCCUAUACGCAGUAGAAAGUAAGAUCAGAAAGUUGGAAGACAAGGCCGAUCUAACAUACAUCUGUCUGGUCCAAUCAUUUUACAUGUCUCAGCUAUGGAGGACAUCGCUGCAGGAGAAAGAAAUCUACAGUGUGGAGGGUCAGGACUUUAUCAUCCCUUGCGUGGCCCUGUGGGAGCUGGAGAACUUUACAGUGACCUGGUCCUUUACCAAAGAAUACAACACAUCAAUCAUCUACACCUAUGACAGCAUCACACACCUGAGCUCUAAUGUUUGGAAGGAAAAAGUGCGGCUUGUGUCUCCUAGGGGCCAAAUUGGGGAUGGGUCCCUGGAGAUACGCAAUCCACUGAGACUGGAGCACGCUGGCAUCUACACAUGCGUCCUGUCUGCCCUCCAGACCAAACAUGAGGUCCGUACUACAGUCAACAUUGUUGCAAGAACUGCUAAAACACAGCCCAAGAGCUCCCCCCAGUGGAUUCCUCCUGCUUUAAUCUCAUGCCUGGUACUCGCUGUUAUUAUAGCAGUCAUUGUGAUUGUAAAACGUAAAGUUUGCAAACCACGAUCAACACAAACUUAUGGAGAAGUUACAGACAUUCACCCAAUGAGAGAUUCACAGAUCUCUCUGCGCUGUAAUGUCACUAAUGCCAACAGUGGAGAGCCAUCAGAGAGCACCUGCUUAUCAGAAGGGACGGCCAACAGGAAUACAUGAGAAAACGUGAUGUGAUGGAGAAUAAGCUGUGGAAAUCAUUUGGUUGAAAGCAAAAGAAACAUGACUUUUCUUCCAGUCUAAACCAUCACAAGGGCCUGCCGGAUAACAAGAUAGCGUGUAUACGCUGAUGACUUUAUCUGAUUUCCUUUGAAUGCUGAUCUUUUGUGGCAUUUUUUUUUUUAAUGUAUAAUUUGGUCAUUCUACAGAAACGUCCAUUUUUGGUAUGUCAAGAUGUCUUAAAAUGUAUUUAUUUUUCUAACAUUUAAACUUAAACCACAUUUAUAUGAGUACACAUAAAUGACAGCUUAAUGAUUUUUUUAUUUUUGUGUGCAUGUAAUUAAAGACUGCAUACACCAUUUUUUGUCACUGGUGUUACCUUACUUCUUUAGCAAUAUUGAAGGUGUUUAUGAAAUAUAAUUUAUGAUUUUUUUUCAGCUUUAAAGCUUAAUUCUUAAGCGUAGCAGAAUUCAAUGCAUUUAAAAUUAUCAUCAUGUCACAUGUGAAAGAUUUUAUUUAAUGUAAAAGAAAAAACAACACAGUAACACCAGUGACACAACAAAUCACCACUGGUGUUACUGCUCUUUACUGGUGUUACCCAUAAGGAAAUUAACACCAGUGACAGUCAG